AUGGCCUCUCUUCGAGUCACCUUCCUAGGCCCCGCAGCUUCGUUUUCGCACCAGCAGGCCGCUAUAAACAGCUUUGAUAAAAGUGCCUCCCUAUUCCCGUCACUCUCUUUCGCCGACGCUUUCUCAGCAGUCCAAAACAACACUGCGGACUACGCCGUAAUUCCUUUCGAAAACUCGACCAAUGGAUCGGUCGUCCAAACGUUAGAUCUUUUAGCAGAUCGCCAAGGGCUGUACAAAGAUGUGACUGUCUGUGGAGAGUACUUUCUCACUGUCCAUCAUUGCCUCGUGAGCGGAAAACUGCUGUCUCCAACCGAUUUCACUUCGAUAACCAAACUCUACACACAUCCUCAGGCCUGGGGACAAUGUGAGUUGUUUUUAUGUCGGUAUUUCAGAGGCAAGGAGAGACAGGAUGUCUCUUCAACCUCCAAAGCAGCCGAUAUCGUUUCCAAGGACACCUCAGGCCAAACUGCUGCCAUUGCUAGCAAGCUUGCAGCCGAGCAUUACGGGGCUUUCGUCUUGCAAGAAAACAUUGAAGAUGAAGAAGACAAUACAACCAGGUUCCUCAUAUUGAGGAACAUUCAAUUGGCACGUUCUGGUGACAUUUCAGCUAACCUCUCCAACGUUGCUACGAGUGGCUCAGACACGAGAAAAACCUUGAUAUCUUUUACGAUCGAACACUCUUCUCCCGGUGCAUUGGCCGAUGCCUUGUCAGUUUUCAAAACACACGGAUUGAACCUAACUAGUAUCAACUCCAGGCCGAGUUUACUGCGACCGUGGCAGUAUAUAUUCUUCAUUGAAUGUGAGCAUGUAUCCACCGCAAAGGAUCCCAGCGCCAUUCACGAUACCCUUGAAGAACUGAAGAAGAUAUGCACAUCUUAUAGAGAUUUAGGAACGUGGACAGAUGGUCUUGUUUCUCCCGACCUGGCCUAG